AUGGGUAUCCGAGCCAUGCUGCGAGCCGCUGUGCUCCUGCUGCUCAUCAAGACCUGGCUCGCAGAGAGCAAUGGCCCUAGUCCGACAGCGAAAUUCCACUCGGAAAUCCCCUCCACCAUGCCCCAAGUCGUCCUGGACCUCUUCAAUUGCAAAAAUUGUGCAAAUGAAGCUGUGGUUCGAAAGAUUUUGGACAGAGUGCUGUCAAAAUAUGAUGUCCGUCUGAGACCCAAUUUCGGAGGUGACCCUGUGCCCGUGAGAAUAUCUGUCUAUGUCUCCAGCAUUGAACAGAUCUCAGAAAUAAACAUGGACUACACUAUCACAAUGUUUUUUCAUCAGACCUGGAAAGAUUCACGUUUAGCAUACUAUGAAACCAACCUGAACCUGACCCUGGACUAUCAGAUGCACAAGAAAUUAUGGGUCCCUGACUGCUACUUUCUGAAUAGCAAGGAUGCUUUUGUUCAUGAUGUGACUGUGGAAAAUCGUGUGUUUCGGCUUCACCCAGAUGGAACAGUGCGGUAUGGCAUCCGACUCAAUACCACAGCAGCCUGUUCCAUGAAUCUGCAUAAAUUCCCAAUGGACAAGCAGGCCUGCAAGCUGGAGGUGGAGAGCUAUGGCUAUACAGUUGAAGAUGUUGUAUUAUCCUGGGAAGACAAUGAGAAUGCCAUCUACAUGACUGAAGAGCUAACAAUACCUCAGUUCAGUUUCCUGGCAAGGACAAUUACUAGCAAGGAGGUGUAUUUCUAUACAGGUUCCUACAUGCGCCUCAUCCUGAAGUUCCAGGUGCAGAGGGAAGUCAACAGCUACCUGGUUCAGGUUUAUUGGCCUACUGUCCUCACCACCAUUCUCUCCUGGAUAUCAUUUUGGAUGAACUUUGACUCUUCUGCUGCCAGAGUGACAAUUGGCCUAACUUCAAUCCUUGUCCUGACUACCAUUGACUCACAUAUGCGGGAUCAACUCCCCAACAUUUCCUGUAUCAAAGCCAUUGAUAUCUACAUCCUUGUAUGCUUGUUCUUCGUGUUCCUGUCCUUGCUGGAGUACGUCUAUAUCAACUACCUUUUCUUCACCCGAGGACCUCAGCACCAGCGUAGGCGACACAGGAGACCCCGCAGAAUGAUUGCCCGCUACCUCUACCAGGAAGUGGCGGUGGGAAAUGUGCAGGAUGGCCUGAUUAACAUGGAAGACGGAGCCUGCUCUCUUCCCACCAGCCCUGCACUGGCCUGCCUGGCGAGCCCAGAAAGCCUUGGCUCUUUGGCUUCAACCUCAGAGCAGGCCCAGCUGGCCACCUUGGAAAGCCUCAGCCCACUGUCUUCUCUCUCAGGCUCGGCCCAGCUGGCCACUGGUGAAAGCCUGAGUGACCUCCGCUCCACCUCAGAACAGACCUGGGACAGCUAUAGCAUUCACUUUAAUGACUCCCACACUGAUGGUUGUGCUAUUCCUACCAAAAUCUGCAACCGUGCUGAGGCCCAUGGCUAUGCUGAAACCCAGGAAGAUCAAGAUUCUGAAGAGAGCUGGAGCUCAGAUGAGAGCCAUGGCCAAGGCCUCAGAGGGAGACCCAUUGCACGCCAUAGCCAGAUGCGUGCCCAAGAGGCAAGCUUGGGCCUUGAGGAUUUGGACAACUUAUGUGUCAACAUCGAUAUCGAGAGCAACCUCCAUGGUCUUGAGGAACAGCUGAAGUACAAUGCUGAUGGUGUCUGGAGCCUUAAUGAUGAUGAGCUCAUGACCUAUGGCCAGGAGAAAGACAGCAGCUCGGAUAAUGAGGACAGUCGUCCCCCAAGCCCUGGGUGUUCCUUCAUUGAAGUCUUCUCUUUCCACCUCUUUAAACCUGACUAUGUCCCUAAGGUCGACAGGUGGUCCCGAUUCCUCUUCCCUCUCUCCUUUGGGUUGUUCAAUGUCAUUUACUGGUUAUACCAUAUCUAUUAG